GCGGCGCUGGUGUUCGCCGGAGCGCUGGACUUCGCCCAAGCCCUCUACGCGGUGAAAGUGCGCGCCGAAGCCAUGCAGAAGGCCUCGGAAGCGGUUCCCAGCGGGAUGCUGUCGGUUAUCGGUCGCCCGGCGGCAAAUUACAAAUUUGCCUGCUUGGAAGCUCGUAAGCACUGUGAAUCGCUGGGCAUAGAAAACCCCGUGUGCGAGAUUUCAAACUACUUGUUUCCGGACAGCAGAGUCAUUGCAGGACACUUGCAGGCUUUGGAAUAUUUGCAGGAGAAUGCCCGAAAAUAUUAUUUUACACGUACAAAAAUGCUUCCUGUCAGCGGUGCUUUUCAUACAAGACUUAUGGAACCAGCAGUAGAGCCGCUGGCUGAAGUCCUAAAAUCCAUUGAAAUUCAGAAACCGCUGAUCUGUGUCUACUCUAACGUUGACAGCAAAAAGUACAUGCACUCAGAUCAUAUUAAAAAGUUACUAGUCAAGCAGGUUGUUUCCCCUGUGAUGUGGGAGCAGACGAUGCAUUCUGUAUACGAAAGAAAGCAAAGAACAGAGUUUCCUUACACUUACGAAGUGGGGCCUGGGAAACAACUAGGAGCAAUUCUCAAAAAGUGCAAUUUAAAGGCCUGGAGACAAUAUGAACAUGUAGAUGUCUCAGAAGAUGAGGAAGCAGCAGAAACUUAAAUAACUUUUUGAGAGAAAAACAUGUGACUUGUUUUUUCUGCUUAGUUUAAAAAUAACUCCGUGUUCCUGAAACAGGAAGUCUUUAAUAUUAAUGGCUUCUCAUGGUGAAAAGAGCACCACGUACAUAAUUGCAGUGCAUAUUUGCCUUCCCCACGUGACUGCCGGCGUGCCUCGGAUGUGGAAUGGGAGAGCAACUUGCAAAAUUUGGCUUUUCCCUCUGUGUUAUGCCUGCAACAUGCCAAUAAACUUGCCAAUGGACACUCUGUUUGGCCUUAAUCCUG